AUGUGGUAUGGAUCGCACCUAUGCGCUAGAAUGAGCUUCAAGGGAAUAGACAAUCACAUAAGUAUCAUUGGUCUAAACAACCUCAAAGUCAAUAGUUUAUACUUGCUUGCCUGUGUUCCAAUCUUUCCCAAUCUAAUUGGCAAAGAGCUUCCAACGAAACCACUGCAUCCAAAUAUCGUGCAAACUAUGCCAUUGAAGGAGCUGCGGCCACCAGUACCUCUUUUCAAACCAGCCGUUGUGGGAUUUUUAAUGAUCCUUGGCUCUUGUAACAUAGCAGACGAUAAUACAUCUACAAUACACAUGGAUUUUAAAUCGAUAAUUGUGCCGAAACAACUGAUGCAUCAUCAAUGUCAAAAAUGCCAUCGAGAUGAAAUAAUAAACGCGCAAAAUCAACGAACUCACUUGUCGCCCAGAAGAUCCAAGCCGCCAUGUUCAUCACUCUUGAGAGCAAUGGAGUAG